AUGAACGGCUUCAACAACUGCAUCUUCGCGUAUGGCCAAACAGGCGGCAAGUCCUACAGCGUGCUUGGCGGCAAGGGUGAAGAGCGGGGCCUGCUUCCUCGAGUCGUGGAGGGGUUGUUCGAUCACUUCGAGAAGCUUCCUGAGGGCGCUACAUACAAGACUCUUGUUGCUUUCAUGGAAAUUUACAACGAGCAGAUCCGUGACCUACUGGCACCUGCCACAGACAGUGAAAACAAGAAGCUAGAAGUCAAGCAGCACCCGGUUCUUGGAACCAUUGUGCCAGGUUUGACGGAGGCUGCGGUUGCAUCCUGUGAAGAGGUGCUAAACCUGGUGGACUAUGGCACACAGAUGAGGCAUGUCUCGGCUACGGCGAUGAAUGCGACAAGCAGCAGAAGCCACUGCAUCUUCACCUUCAAGACUUCACUAACAGAACCAGAUCAGCCAUCGAAGGUCUCGCAGACCCACCUCGUGGAUCUUGCAGGCUCAGAGCGCGCUGGCCGAACCAAAGCCACGGGCGACAGGCUCAAGGAAGGAGCAGCCAUUAAUCAGAGCUUGUCAACGUUGGCCAGGGUCAUCUCCGAGCUGGCGAAGUCCUCGAAGACGAAGAAGAAAUCCAACCCUCCUUUCAGGGAGUCGAAGUUGACCUACAUUCUCAAGGAGUCCCUGUGUGGGAACUCCAAGACGAUCAUGAUGGCGGCCAUCUCUCCAAACUUCCUGGACUUCGACGAGACUUUGUCGACAUUAAAGUUCGCACAGUCCGUGAAACAGGUGCAGACGAAGGCUGUUCAAAACGCGGUCAACAUGUCCAGCGUCGAGGCGCAACUUCGUGCCGAGCUGAAUGCAUUGAAAUCACAGCUUAAGAUGUACGAGGACGGAUCCCCCACUUCUUCUGCCAACGUCUCCUCCGAGGAGUUGGUGUUCCUGAAGAGGCGUCUGGAAGAGCAGGAACAGUUCUGUGCUUACUACGGCAAGGAUUGGGACAGCCUUCUCGCCGAGGAGAGGGAGCGCAUGGACACCCGGAGGACGUCCCUGCAUCCCUCCAAAUUGGGUGACAGGGUCAAGAAGUCUCCGUCAGACAGGCGGCAGGACCACAGCUCCGAUGAGGAUGCAGAUAUGGAGGAGGAUCAGGAGUCCAUCACCUGCUCCCUGUUGGAGCUCGGCAAGCCGCCCGACGUGCUGCCGCCAGGAGGGAGACCGUCUUUGUGCGCGCCGAUUCGCAGCUCUUUGGCGGUGGUGGGGCCGAUGGCUCAGAGCCUUCUCAGGGAAGGUGCACGGCCGCGUGCAGAGAACCUGAACAGGCGCGUGCUGGAGCUUUCGCGGUUAGCAGAGGAGACCCAGGAGCUCCUAAACCGCGAAAACGGAGGCGAGAUGUCGAUUCAAGUCCUUGUGGUGGUGGAUCCGCUGGACGCGGAGACCUUCGAGGCGGGGUUGGUGGUGCAAGCGGCCUCCUCGAAAUCUUUGCCGUCGUCCUGGGCGUGGCCUCGCAACGAGUCUUCCGAGGCCAGCGAGACUGGAGAAAGGAAGGUGGAUUGGUGCUCUGCGACUGAACUCGAGAAACGGCUGAACUGGCUGAAGUCCAAUGUGUCAAAUUCCACAAGAAGUGCAGAAGAGAUGUGGCUUGCAGCGGCGCGAGCCACUUCCGGUUAUGAUGCGCUGGAAGCUCUCCAGAAAGACAACGCAGCGAUGGUGGCUAAGAUUGCAGAGUUGGAGUCCAGGCUUAGAGAAGCCGAAGGUCCACGCAGGGCUGAGAAGGAAGGGCCGAAGCUUCGCAGUCAGAAAGCAAGGGAUGCGGUCAAAGCCAUCGCAGCCAGCUUCGAGACUGCCCUUGGAGCGAUCGAUUCCGCCCAGCUCACUUUGCAAAAAGUCAACAGCACGAGCGUCUGA